CUCUGUAUCUCUCCAUCUCUGUCGUCAUUUUGAGAAAGCCUGGGAGUGGCAGGAAGGAGGAGAGGCAGAGGAGAAAGAAGAAGAAGAAGAAGAAAAAAGGAGGAGGAAGACGAAGAGGUAGAGCAGCUGUACGCUAAUCAGGAUCUUCCUGAAUAUUUUCACAGCAUCCUUCCAUUUACGGCAGCAGGUACCGUACUCUCUCUUUUUCAGCAUCACCGUUUCAUGCACUAGCACGCAAUGCAACAAAGCGGCCAUGGAAACAGCAGCAACAAGAUAACUGGAUGUAUUAUUUCACGCCCCGCUAAUGAUAAAUAAUUUGUAAUAUUUAUGUGGACAUUUUUAGAUGCAGUAUAUUUCCACAUUGGAUUUUCUUAAAAAGAUUUAAUGUCAAUCCCCAAAGUGCCUGUAGCCAAAAAGAAAUGCAACACUGGAUCUCCAGUGACAUUUACGUACAUGCUUUUAUGUGUUUCAUUUUUUUUAUGGUUCAUUGCCUGGAAUCGUUCUCAUCCGUUGUAGUUUUGUCCACAUGCCCACCAAUAAAAUGUCCCACCAAGAAAAAUAGGAUUACUAGCAUCCAUGAAAUGUGCAUUUCUGCUAUGUAAAAAGAAAAAAGUUUUGUAAUAAUUGUGUUCCUUUCAACCGUUUUCAUUUUAUUAAUUUAUACUUAUAAAUCAGGCUUUUAUGUACUAAACGUACAUCCUUACUGUUUUUCAGCCAACAGCAGUAACAAGUUGUGUGUGUGUGUUUGUGUGUGUGUCUGUGUGUGCGUACGAGAGAUUGACCAGGAGAAGAGAAAGAGGAAAAGGAGCAUGUUUGUUCAUUCACCGUUAGAUUUAACAGCAGAGCAGCCGUUUCGAAAUUGAGCUGAUUGAAUUAAAUUGGCCUGAGAGCAGCUUUAGUAAGAGGGACAUAAUGAUGGAUGUGAAAGUGUGUAUCUGCUUGUGUGUGUGUGUGAGAGAGAGUGAGUGAGAGAGAAAAAACGUUCACUUGGACUGACCAUGAUGGCAGACCUUUCCUGGCAGGCUGACCAUCAAUCAGCUAAUAGAAUCAUUAUGACGUUCUUCAAUUUCACAAAAUGUCUUCACAAGGAGAUAAAGUUAAUGAACAACCAAAGUAAGGGUGUCAUCACUUUUUGAAGGGCUUUUUGAAGGUAGGACAUUGCAACUAUGUGCAACAAUUAAGCUGGUGUGUUGACCAUUAUCAGUUUGAUACUGUAUUCUCUAUGUGUAUUUGUCAGUAUGGCGGAAGGCUCAGUGUCUGUAGCAGAGGUCGAGACCUCCUUCCAGAAGUUUGCAGUCCAUGGAGACACUAAAGCCCGAGGAAAGGAGAUGAACGGCAAGAACUUUGUUAAGAUCUGCAAGGACUGCAACAUAAUCGACGGCAAGAAUGUCACCACUACAGAUGUUGACAUAGUUUUCAGCAAAGUCAAGGCGAAGUCAGCUCGUGUAAUCACAUUUGAGCAGUUCAACCAGGCCCUGACAGAGUUGGCUCCCAAACGUUUUAAAGGCAAAAGCAAAGAGGAGUCGCUUCAGCAGCUCUACGGUCUCAUUGUUGGUAAGGAACCUGCCAACAUCGGAGUCACUAAAGUGGCAAAGGCAGCAGCAGUGGACAGACUGACUGAUACCACCAAGUACACUGGAGCGCACAAGGAGCGGUUUGACGAGUCAGGCAAAGGAAAAGGAAAAGUCGGGCGCGAGGACCUCCCAGACAGCAGUGGCUAUGUCGGAGCUUACAAGGGCAGUGGCACUUACGAGGAAAAAGUUAAAGAGGCAUAAUUCUGCAGACAGAUUAUGAAAACUUUGAUUCAAUAACUAGAAUUAGGGCUGUUUCAAAAAGAUAAAAUAAAAAAGAUAAAAUGUAUUAAUUGGCUACUUUAAUUUUGAAGACAAAACAAAUAAACUGUAUAUGUCUUGUGGGCCUAGCAAUACUAACUCUAUCCAACAAUUAAAGAAAAAAAAACACAAAAGGUUUUCAUAAGUGACAACCAGGAUGAGCAACUUAAAGAAACUAUUCCUAAAACAAAAUCUAAAGAUAAUGGACAUACUUAGCUGCACUUUGUUUAAUGGGUUUUACAGUAGCAUGAACAACUGAUACUGAAUAUUUUCAAUGAUUCAACAAGGAUCAAAAGAUGAAACUGUACUUGCAGCCUAGCAUGCUUUAUAGAAACUAACUCUGCUUUGUAUUAUAGUUUAACACUGUGCCUUAGUAUCGAUGUAGCCGCUAGCGUGAAUGCUAUGAUAUACAGUAAUGUGCUGCUAAUCUCACUUACCUUGAUGCAAUGGAUGGUACUUUAGCUGGAUUCAAGAAAUGAUGCUGAGUCAGUAGUUACUCCUUCACUCGCUAAAUUUAUGACUUUAUAGUUGAUUGCAUUUUGCUACAUGACCAGUCAGUGCCCUUUAUUAUUCUUGUCAUGGCAUUUGAUCAUAUCAUAGAUAUUUAUAUUUACGAGUCAAAAAAUGAACAAGCAGUGAAGAACACAGAAUGAUCCUGUAUUGAUGAAGCUACAGCCUAAAUCAUCUUUAUUUCUCAUUCUUAACUUACUAACAACAUUAUGCUGUGAUUCUUAAUGCUCAUAUAAUGUACGCUGUUUAAUUUUGUUUCAAGGUUAAAUCUAUUAAGAAUAUCACAUUUUUCCCCCAGAAUUAAAGACUGGAAAACAACUUUUAAGAGAAGUGAAUGCAAUGUGAAUGUAAUAAAGGUGCACCAUCAUACGUAUAUAUUAUAGUAUGCAUUGUAAUCCUCUAAAAACCUAAUUGUAGUGUGGUAUCAGCAAUUGUACAAUUUAAUCACUGCGUUAUAAUACAUACUUGUUUGUUGCAGCCAUGCUACCCAUAACUCUGUAAACGUUUAGAAAUUAAAUGUGAGUUCUAAAUCCCA